GUUCUACAGAAUCCGGUUUUAAUUUGGCGCAACACUGGGAGGAAGUUGUUCAACGAAUAAUGCACGCGGAAUAGUCGGAUGCUACAAUGUGUAGCAGUGCAGCUAAAGAGGUGCCUCAUUGGAAAGAAGAACAUAUGACAAGCAGAAUGUCUGAAAGCUUUGAAGAGUGCCUUUAUUUGGAUUAUCAUCAUGUGUAUGAAGGCUGUAUUUUCCCUCUUCAUACCUCUGUGACCUUGUUCCUUUUGUCAUAUUGUGACACAAAGUUGUUCAAAGUCACCCUUGUCCCAUCAGAUUCCUCUGCUAUUGAGACUAUGACACUAGCACUGCCUAAAAAUGUAAACGCUACUUUUCUGAGCAGAAAUAAGCUAUCGCCUGUAGUCCAGAGUUGUCGUCUUCCUGUUGUUGUUGAAAAAGAUGGCACAUUCUGUCGAGCUGGUCUAGCUGUAGUGUUAAGGCACAUCAUCCAGAAAAACUGUGACAUGGAUCCUGGGAGGAAGGAUGUGUGUGAGCUGUUAGGGUUUAAGAAGACCUGCUUAAAAGCAUGUGCUGAGGUUAGUCAGUGGACACGAUUGUGUGAAAUUAGCAUUCCGCUGGCCAUAGAAAGCUUCCUUUGUGGCUCAGGUAAACUUUCCACUGCCAUACCUGUGGAGGUCCUCCAUCUGGAAAAAAAGCUUAGUGAGCCUGUAAAGGUACACAAUGAUGACAAAAUCCGAAGGCAGAAACUUAAGCAGCUAACUUUAAGUGAGACUGCAGCAUUAACAGUUGGUACUGCUGGGAAUGUUUGUGAAGAUAAAGAAGAACCGGGGAUGAAGACUGGUAGGACAGCACAGGAGCACGAAGAGCUGGAGUUAAUAGCAGCACUCUCAAAGUUAACUGAAGAUGCAAUACCAGGUGUGGCCAGCAGAGAGCCCUCUCACAUCAGGAAAGUGAAGACUACCAGUCUACCAGCACUGGAGCACGUCUUUGCAGAAGGCCUUUACUUCACACUCACUGAUGUUGUUCUCCUGCCCUGCCUUCAUGUUUUCUUGGCCUUUCUCAGCAAACAGCAAACAAAUAAUUUGACAAGUUUGCCUCUUAUAUCUAGUUGGUAUCUUCGGGUUCAGGAGGUACCAGGGGUGAAGAAAGCAGCUGCUAGUUGUGGGAUCCAGUUUGUUGUCUUCGAAAAAUGGCCACCUGCUACAAGCUCGCAGACCAUAGAUUGUAAUAAGUCUGAUGAAGAAGAAAAAAAGAUGAACAGUGAGUCAGCUCCUUUCAUAGGUGGCCCAAGGCCUACUAUGACAAAGCUCAAAGAACAUGGAAUCGAAGCUACUUUUUCUCCUCAUCUCUGCCCAGAAUGGACACUGAAUUGGCACAGCCUUCCUGCAGCUGUCUGUCCUGCCGAAGGAAAGAUGUCACAAGAGCGUGCUUUGAGGAAGCAGCAGCAGUUGAAUAACCUGAUAUCUGUCGUGACCAAAUUUGCAAAGCCUGGCUUCACUAUUGUUGAUUUCUGCAGUGGUGGGGGGCAUGUUGGGAUUGCUCUUGCCUACACUGUGCCAUCAUGUAAGGUGAUUUUGAUAGAAAACAAAGUGGAGUCACUAGUACGUGCCAGACAGAGAUGUGUUGAACUCGGUUUAAACAAUGUCUGGUUCAUUCAAGCCAAUCUGGACUAUUUUACUGGAUCGUUUAAUAUUGGAGUAGCCCUCCAUGCUUGUGGAGUAGCCACAGAUAUGGUGAUGGAGCAUUGCAUCAAAGCCCAAGCCGCCUUUGUCAUCUCACCUUGCUGCUAUGGCUUCAUUCAGAACACAAAGAAGUUCACAUUUCCACGAAGUCAGCAUUUCAGAGAUGUAUUAUCGUACAAGGAGCAUAUGGUUCUCUGCAGGUUUGCAGAUCAGACAGCAGUGCAGCUCCCCCUUGAACGUAGGUUAACAGGAAAGAGGUGCAUGGGUUUGGUUGACCUGGACAGAGCCUGGGCUGCAAAAGAAAGUGGUUAUUCUGCCCAAAUAAUAUCAAUGGAGCCAGAAAGCUGUUCACCAAAAAACAAUAUGGUAGUUGGUGUUCCAUCCAAACAGCACAAUAUCAGUGACACUACUGAAAAUGUGUAGAACUGAUCAUCGCAUAUGGGAUAUAUCAAAACAAGCCUGAACAGCUGGCAUGCAGACAUCAACAGUUAUCUAUCAUUGGUCACUGGUAUGCACUACAGAAAGAAUAUUCAGAGACAAAGAAACAUGUGUAAAGUUUUUAACUUUCAUAGCAGCUUGUGACAGAUGACUGGUUUACUUCUUAGCAGCUACAACAUUUCCAUUGCUGUGGAAAAGGGCUGAUGGCAGAAAGUGAUAAACAGAAGGGAUUCCCAUCUGGUUGUCUUUGUUCCCAUUCUGUCUGGUGGCCCAAAGUAUCUAAUUGUAUAGUCUGAAAAAUAUCUAUCAAAGGCCAGAAUGUCUAUCCAGUAUAUGUCAGAAACUGUAUGGGUGCUAAUUUAAACAAUGUGCUGUGGACUUUUCAUGAACAGUGUAUUUCAGUAUCGCUUUUAUUAUGAUACAGAUUUUUAAAAAAUCACAUGCUAAAUCACUGCUUCCUUUCCAAACAUAAGUGACACUUCAUUCUUGCUAAAUCAAAAGCAAAGAUAGACAAGAGUUAAGAUAGGCCACAAAAGUAAAAUCUGGCAUGGUCAACUGUGAUUUGAAAAUUUUCACAAAUGUCUCUUUACAUUCAUAUUGCUCACACACUUUAGAAAUUUGACAGCUUAAAUUAAUUUAUUUCUGCUUAUGUCUGUGCAUUGUAAAGAACAAUUAAGUUGUUUUCUCUAUUUAUAUAAUCAUUACCAUUUUCCUGCAUCUUGGUUGCAGAGCAGUCCACAUUUAUUCUGUCAGCUGGCCUGAUGUACUGUUUCAAAAUAAAUAGUGCCCUUGAUUUGAAACCAGAUAACAAGACUUCAGUAAACUGACAUAGAACAGUGCUUUGGCAACAAGA